AUGUCCAUACAAAGUGAACAAGAAAAAAUUAUUCAAAAAUUUAAAUUACUUCGUGAGGAAGUUAUGAUUAUCAAAAGGGAGUAUGCAAAAGCUGUUCAGGAGAUGAGGGAUCAUAAGAAAAUUUUAAAUGAAUUAAAUGGAAUGGAUCCAAAUCGUAGAAGUUACAGAAUUGCUGGUGGUCAUCUUUUAGAAUCUGAUGUUGGAAGUGUUAGCAAAUUUCUUAAAGAAAAUAUUGCUCGUUUUGAAAUUUUGACAAAACAAUUGGAGGAAAAACUUAAUGCUAAACUUACUGAGCAUGACAAUUAUGUACAAGAACAUAAUAUUCGUGUAGUAAGUGAAGAGGAAGCCAAACAUCUUCAAAUGCAACAACUUGCCAAUCAACAAAAUAAAACUUUACCAGCCGGAGUAAAGGCUAGCUAA